AUGCAGACGUACGUUGGACAGAUCCGCACGCCUGCGGAUGCCACGAUCUUGUUUGAGGCCUGUCGUCAGGGCGUCUUGCCCAAGAUACAACGCCGCUUGAGUGAUCGCGAAAGAGCCGGCAUCAAGCACGGCAGUGUAUUUGUGUGGGAUGAGCGCGAAGCUGGUAUGCGUCGCUGGACAGAUGGUAAAGCUUGGAGCGCCUCGCGAGUUGCCGGGCCUUUCCUCAUGUACCGCGAAAUGGACGGACGUAAGGGUGGUCCUGCCAGCAAACGCAUUGCGACAGGCAAGUCGCCGCCAAGGGAAGAGUCAGACGACUCUGGCGAUGGAGUGGAUGGGUAUGCAUACAAGCCUGACGGACUGGUCAAGCAAUCCUUUUCCAUCACUACGACAGAAGGCCAGCGCCUUCAUCUCGUCUCGUACACGCUUCGCUCAACGAACGCCUCACAAGAUCUUCCCAUCCCUUCCAAGGACCACUCACUAGCACACGUACAGAUUCCCAAGGGUCUGUACCCAGAG